CAUAGCGACGUGCACGCAGCGGCCAGGUCAGACCCGCUGGUCCCCUGCUGGCCGGAGGAGAGAGGCGGUACCAUGAGCCACGCAGUAACCAUCGAGGAGCCCCAGGCCCAGCCUCAGGUGUCUCAAACUCAGUACCGGACGAGGUUGCGGGCUGGGAACCACAUCUCCAAUCGAGUGUAUGAUUUUCUGUACGAUCCAUUGUUUAUUGUGUCAAGUGAGAAAGACCACACACAGGCAAAUGUCCAAGCCACCCUGAUUCGCAGCAGACUGAGAAAAGUUCCCAGGUUUAAAACCAUGUUCAGUAACCUGAUCCAUUAUCCAAGAUAUUCUCUAUAUUGGAGCAAGUCAGAUCCUGUCCCACCAUUUAUCAGUCGGGAAUGGAAGGGACAUGAGGAGAAACACAGAGAAGCCCUCCGGCAGCUUGCCAUAACUGACACUUCUUUUCAGAUGCCUAGAGAAGUUUAUGAAGAUCCUGAAGUUACUGGAAAGAAUCGCUAUAAAUACUUUGAAAGGCCUUUUCUUCCAUUUUUUCAGCAGAUGCCAUUCAGUGUUGUUUAUGCCAUAUCCAAGGCAGAACCAUACACUUUUCCUCCUACUUCUACUAAGCACCUAUCCAUCCCUUCAAAGUCGACUGUGGGCACUCAGACUGAUUAUCGGGAUGCUGAUGUUCAAACAGACCCAUACUCUCCAGAAUAUGUAGUAUGUCAGGACUCUAUCCCUGAGCUCUUGACCUUGGCUACACUUACUUGGGGUCGGGGUCUCCCAGCAGGACAAGCUGAGGUGGAGAUGAUAGAAAGAGCCCGCGAGAAGCAUGUUUGGGAAGCCACUCUCCCUGCUCUGAGUGACACCUCCCAGUUUGAGAAGAGGAGGAAGAUGAUGAAUGAAAUGGAGAGGAAGGAGUGGGCCUUCAGAGAGCAGGAGAUUGAAAAACUGCAGGAGAUUCGCCUGGAAGUUCUAAAAGAGCUAUUGAGGAAGCGUGAAGAGAAUCAGAAUGAAGUGAAUAUGAAGCACUUGAAUGCACGGUGGUCUAAACUGCAGGAGGCAAAAGAGGCAAAAAUGGCAAAAAUUCAGCGCACACAUGUAUCAACAAUCAGAAAACUUGCAGGAAAGGGAAAGAACAUAGAAGGGAAGUUGGAGAGAAGAAAUAUCAUCAAGGAUUAUUCUGAUUAUGCAUCACAGGUCUAUGGACCUCUGUCGCGUCUUGGGUGUUUCCCAGACAAUAACUCAGAGGACUUUGUAGUAAAAAACUACUAUCUCAACACCUAUGAAGGAUUAGUCGAACUUGAGUCAUGUCUCCCAGAUUUUGUGACACAACCCCGAAUCAGAGCUCCAAAACCUAAAGUCAUUACCACCAAAGCUGGUUUUCUGAAGAGGGCAGCAAGGUUGGACUAUGAGUUGGCAGAGGUUCAUAAGGCACUGUUGGAUAAGAAAAAUAAAGUUCUUGAAGCCAGGAAACCCCCUCGCUUCCUUCAGAGAAACCCAAUACCUCAACCUCGGCUUCCAACUCCAACCUUGGAAAUGACUUCCAAUGAAGAAGAAGAAAUAGAAAUGGCUGUGAUCUACCUUCAAAAGUUACUCCGGGGCAGAGUCGUUCAGAACAUGAUGUUUGAAGGGAAAGAAAAGCGACUGGAGUUGAUCCAGGAGUUGCGCACCUGCCACGCACUACAAGAAGAUGAAAAGCUGGUGAAAAAAGCCGAGAAGCAAGUGACCCUGGCCUUACAGCGGCAGAGGAACUUACAUGAGCACAAGGUGUCACUGGUUGAAAACCAUUUGGCUGGACUGGAAGGAAGGGCACUGGCAGACAUGUUUGACUUCCUGUCCAAAGAGCUGGUGAGACUGCAGGAGGAGAGGAGGAUCCAUGCCUUUGUCAUGCUGGCCGAGCGCCAGCGGCGGGUACGAGAGGCAGAAGAGAGUGGUCGGCGCCAGGUGGAAAAACAGCGCCUGCGGGAGGAGGACGAGAUAUUUAAGGAGGUAGUUAAAGUUCACCAUAGUACUAUAAGCUCCUACCUAGAAGACAUAAUACUGAACACUGAAGCAAAUACUGCAGAAGAACAAGCCAGGGCAGAAAUAGAGAAGAUGGCUGAGAAAAUCAAUGACAUUGCUUAUGAAAUGGAAAGCCGCCGAACCUAUCUUCAGUCAGAGGAGAUUGUUGCUGAGUUGGUUUAUAGUUUUCUGAUCCCAGAGGUGCAAAAAUACUUUGUCAAAGAAAAAGUGAGGAACGCACAGCGGAAACAUAUUCUUGCAGCCCAUCAGAUCAUCCACAGUUACACAGAAAGCAUGGUUCAAAAGAGAUUAACUGAGGGACAGCAAGAUGAGGCCUCAAAUGCUGCCAUGUUACUUGAGAAAGAAACUCAAAAUGAGAACAACAGCUAAGAUUGUGAUUAAAAAAAUAAAAAGAAGCAGUGCGAAUCAUCAUAAAGAAUUCCAAUCGUCUGCACUUCUCCCAGAGUGUGCACUGCUCAUAAACUUGCCAAUGUGUGUUUCGUGAGAAAGGAGAUUUAUUUUCCUUAAACAUCCAAUAAUUUAAAAUGGUUUUCAGUAAUAAUAAUCAAAUGAAAAAUCUUCAUUCUCUUCAGUGUCUUCUAGACGCCCUACUUAAAAAGAACAUUUUGUUAUGUCUCAUUUCCAUAUUUUGUUAACUAUGAGGAUGUGCUGGUUUGUUGAAUCAAACAAAAGGAAAUGUUGUGGAAUAUUUUUCCAAGUAGUUUUGGUUCACUAUUCACAGGACAUUGGCACUAUCUACUAAGGCUGAUAAUGUGCAUAUUCCAUGACCCAGGAUUUUAUCUCCCAGAUAUGUAUUCAACAGAAAUGCAUGAGUAUGUGCACCAACACGCAUGACAAAAAUAUUUAUAGUAGUGGUAUUCACAAUAGUCCCAAACUGGAAACCCAAGUGUCCAUCUCCAUUGAAACAGAAAACUAUGCUUUGGUCUACUUCUACAGUGGCACAUCAACCCACUUUUGAGCUUUAGAUCUAAGAAGUAUGUUCAUGCAACAGCCAUAGAGAUGGUGCUGUUGAAAGGCAAUCUGCCCAUCCUGUGUUUUGACAAGCAUCAGGAUUCCAUGAGGAUUCUUCCUCAAAGACUGGCAAAUAGGAAAAAACAGUAAAUGAGCAAAAACAUCAACAUGGAGCUCAAGUAAAGAAUUUAUAAAGGAAAGUGUGUGCUACUCUGAAAACAAUAAAAGCUUAUGUUAGAAAAUAUCUUACUGUAAGAAACAAGUAAAAUUUCAGAAACAUUUGCUGGGUGUUUUUAAUGGAGUCAAAAAGAAAGAGUCUUUUCAGAAACUAAAGUAGGGAAUAAUAAAAACAAACAAGGUCAAAAAAUAGACAGAUGCAGGCUGAAAAUGAAAGAAAAUGGGCUAAGAUGGGAAAAAUGUAAAAAGAUUUAAAAUCCAGCAACAAAAUUUACACAUUCAUUUGGAUGCAGUGAAAAGGGCAGAAAUAUCACAGCAGAGAAUAAAAUUGGUAAUGUUGGCAACACAUUUAUUAAGUGCUCCAACAUGAGAUGGGAAGGAAUGGGCAAAGUGAUUAAAAUGACAGAAGUUAGCUGUAGAUGGCCUAUCCCACAGCAAUCAGAGUUCUUGAAGAAGAAACCAGAACAAAUAAGAUAGAAACAAUAAUCAGAGUUUAAUAAUUAAUUUUCUGAGUUUUUUUUUUAAACUAAUUAUACAAACUUGAAAGGGUUCACCUUGCCCUAGCAAAACUAGGAUUGGGGCACCUUUUUUCCCCCGAGGAUCACUGACAAAAAAACACUGCACCAAUAAGGAAGCAACUAAAUUUUGUUUUGUUCUUUUAAAAAUGCUAACCUGAACUAGGUAAAGGUUAUAUCAUUCGCUUUUGAAAUAAAACAUCGGGAACACAAAAUGAGAAGUGAGUUAGGUUGGGCUGAUGGGAUAGAAGGUGGGAGGCGAAUGCUAUACAGCUGGGAAUAGCAGACUUUCUGUAAAGGGCCAAAUGGUAACUACAUUAGUGUUUGCGGGUCAGAUGGUCUCCAUCAUAACUGUGUACUCAACUCUGCUGUUGUAGGGUAAGAGCAGCACUAGGUGACACAGAAAUUAAUGAGCAUGACUGUGUUCCAGUAACAUUUUAUUUUAAUUAAAAUCAAUUCAUGUUUGAAAAAGGAUUUAAAAUAGCUUCUGAUAAAGGACAUACAUAAUGAAACUUAAAAUAUGAUAUUUUCUUUAAAAAUCUUUAUCCUUAUGUAGACUUCUAAAACUAUGUUUUGUAUUUAGACUGUCAAGGAAAAUAUAAGUUUUUAUACAAUUCUCAUUGACUAAUCGAAGUUUACUAGGAGAAGAAAACUUUUUCCUGGUACUGGCAUUCUUUUACUUAUAAUGGCUUGAGUUAAAAAGCUCCAACUUUUCUAAUGUUUGCUUUUGAAAAUAAAACACCUAUAGUGACAAUAAAAACACACACUUAAAGCCA